AGAAGUGAAGCUGCUGGCCUGGGGCACGGGGUGCUGGCUGUGCUCUGAGUAUCCUUGCGAGUGGGAGCAGGGAUGGGGCCCGGGGAAGAGGAUGAGCGUGGUGGGGAUGCUCCCACAUCUGGCCUCUUCCCUCUCCCCACGCACAGCCCUGGCCUGCGAGGUGCUGCCCACGGCACAGCCCGGCCAGACCCGCCUGCGGGUGGACAGGUUCGAGGUGACGCUGGUGGACCUGCCCGGGGGCCAGCGCUUCCGCAGCGCCUGGCGCAGCCACUACGGCACGGCCCACGGGCUCCUCUUCGUGCUGGACUCCGGUGACCUGGCGCGGAUGGAGGAGGCCCGCAAGGCUCUGAGCCGCGUCCUGAGUCACCCUGAUGUCUCUGGAAAGCCCCUCUUACUGCUGGCGAACAAGCAGGACGUGGCGGCCGCCCUGCUGCCCUGCGAGCUGAUCGAGCGCCUGGCGCUGGAGCGGCUGGUCAACGAGAACCGCUCGCCCUGCCGCAUCGAGCCGUGUGCGGCCGCCGGCCCGGCCCGCAGCACCCUGCAGGGGCUGCGCUGGCUCCUGCGUGCCGCUGCCGAGCGCUCCCCGCUGCUCCCUGCCACCCGCUCCCCGAUGGCCGACCCCAGCCCCCGGACAGCCCGCGGCCGCCUGCCCGCCCGCAGGGACCCCCCGGCCCGAGGGGAGGACGACCAGGACGGCGUGGGGAAGAUGGGGGAGCACCGGGCCACCCGCCGCCUCCUCCCCCAGGAGGAGAGCGCAAAGGGUCCCGGGAGGAGGAAGAGGAAGGUGAAGGUGAGGAAGAAGGGCCCGGGGCAGCCGAGCCUGGCCGAGGAACCGGACAGAGCAGGAGGAGGGGGUGACAGCCGAGCCAGCUCUGCUGUGGGGCUGCUGGCCCCCAACAGGGUCGGGCAGGAGGAGCCUCUGCCCCCCGGGAUGGCUGCCCCCCACCCAGCACAGGGCAUGAAAAAGAAAAAGAAGAAGAAAAUUAAGAAUAAAAUCAAGUCGCAGGAGCCUGCCGCGGAGCAGCAGCGGGAGGAGGUCUCGAGCACCUUUGACUUGUACCGCCGGGCGAUGCUGGCUCUCAAGAUACGGCAGGAGCAGAGGAAGCAGCCGUCUGCCAUCGCCCCCUGA